GACCGCUUUCCGCUGGAGUGACGUGGUUAGGGAAGAAAAGGGAGUUUCUGUCUUGGAUUGCAUCUCGAUUUUUAUUCUCGGGCAUUGUGUUGUUGGUUUUUUUUUUUUUUUUUUUUUUAAAUAUAGCAUUUUCAUCAGCCCGUCUUGUGGAUAUUUAGGUCGACAGCCUGGAGUGAGGAACGGAGUGCCCAGAGCGAGAGAGGAAUCCAGACUCGCUGAGUCCUGCCGGAGAGGGUUUGGGGGGUUGUUGGAAGGACGUGUGAUUGUCAGGGUGACUCGCCAUGAAGCUGUACAGCCUGAGUGUUCUCCAUAAAGGGGCUUCCAAAGCCAACCUCCUCAAAGCAGCCUAUGACUUGUCCUCCUUCAGCUUCUUUCAGAGGACCAGUGUGCAGGAGUUCAUGACCUUUACCAGCGCCCUGAUUGUGGAACGUUCAUCGCAUGGAAGCCGGGCGUCUGUCAAGGAACAAGAGUACCUGUGCCAUGUGUACGUGCGUAACGACUCGCUGAGCGCAGUGGUUAUCGCUGACAAUGAGUACCCUUCCAGGGUCUGCUUCACUCUGCUCGAUAAGGUAUUAGAUGAAUUCUCCAAGCAGGUGGACAGGAUAGACUGGCCUUCUGGCUCUCCAGCUACAAUCAACUACACAACACUAGACGGUUACCUCGCCAAAUACCAGAAUCCUCGGGAGGCUGAUCCUAUGUCCAAAGUACAGGCAGAGCUGGACGAAACCAAAAUCAUUCUGCACAACACAAUGGAGUCCUUGUUGGAGAGAGGUGAGAAGCUGGAUGAUUUAGUCCAGAAGUCUGAACACUUGGGAAACACAUCCAAAGCCUUUUACAAAACUGCUCGCAAGCAAAACUCGUGUUGUGAGAUUAUGUGAUCCUCCUCACCAGGCCCUCUGGACCUACUGAUCUGUGUCUAUCAAGCCUUCUUUAACAUUCAGAACCGAGCCUCGAGCAUACAGGACACGAGAGCAGACACUUAACAGUCCUUUUCCUCAGGGGAAUGGGUGGGGAGGGGGGAGAUUAUUUGACAUCUCUCUUUUACUUCAGAGAACUUUAAAAACUGGGGGAGGCCAAUGUGAGAAGAACAUGAAGUUUUAUCUGAUUUAAGAAAAUAAAAUUAUUUUAAAUGACUUCCUUAAAUGCAAAGGGGGCUGAUUUGAAAGAGUGUGCCACAUUCUGCAAGUUUGUGGGUUUUGUUGUUCUUCCUGGUGGCAGUUUUAACUGUGUUCAGUAUUUAUAUCAGAUUCUGUAUUCUUCAGUGCAAAAGUGUUGCCUAGAGCAUUAUCUUGCCCAUUUACCCAGUUUCCUGUUUGAAUUUAAAAACAAAUUAAGAAAUAUCUGCCAUGGGCCAAGAUAAUUUAUCUCGUUUUUGUUUUGUAUCUAAUUAAAAACAAACCUAUCGGUAUGUUUUUGCAGUGAUGUACUUGGCAGAUAUUUGUAUUUGUUGUAUGUUUUGUUUUUUUUAAUUGCUCUGCACAAUGGAAAUUAACUUAAUGAACAACAAUCUGGCAAGCAGGAAAUGUUCCCGAGUAUAUUUAAGUGCUUUAUUAAAAGCCACAUUGCCUAGGGAACCAAAAAAGCAUCUUGCUUUGUGUAUUGUGGUUUAGUGUGAUAGCUUGAUGAUAUAGCUUUACAGAAUGAUGUCAUUGCUUUACAGAAUGAUGUCGUUGCUUUAUAGAAGUGAAGUGGUGUAUCUGUCAUAGUUAGGAUGGCAAGAAUUAAAACAUGGUACAUCUUUCCCACAUGCACAAGACAUCUGGAUCAUUGCUUAAUGCCGCGUGUCUGUGCUUUUACUGCAGAUGCGAUCUGUAUCAUGAUAGUCUUUUUACAAGCAUACAUGUUUUAUUCUCAAUUAAAAUCGUAGAUGAAAACACACACCGUUGAAGCCUGCAGUGUAGAACAGAAUUUGCAUGAUUUAAAAUUUUUAAAUUUAUUUGUCCAUUUUCUAUCAUCAUUUAUUAGUUUUUGCAAACAUGGAUUUUUGGCAUGUUUAAUAAUCACCAGCAUAUUUUACUCUCUCUAAGCAAAGCCGAACUUCUGUAGACCAGUAUAAAAAUGACCACUAGAGGUGUGCACCAUUCAUUUCUUCCCCACUGAAACUGUGUAAUUUUAAAUACUGCAGACAAAGGUGAAAAAGAAAUUACUGGUGCACACUCCCAGUGGACUUUUUUUUUUUUUUUUUAAAAACUGGCUUAAUUUUACAAAUUUCAGCUUACCCAAUAUCCAUGAGAACAGCAAGAGGAGUAUAUGAUGAUAAAGAACACACAUAAUAAUAACAUUAACAGAUUAAAAAAAGAGUAAUUCAAAUCUAUUUUCUUACCUCGCACUGUAUUGAAACUGAAGAUCUUUGUUUUCUCUUUCUUGCUUUUUUUUUUUUUUUUGUGUGUGUUUGCAUCUGCAGAUUUGUAAAGUAAAGCUCCUCUGUGUUGGCAAAGGCAUUACAUGUAAACGCUUGUCUACUUCUCAGUCUAGGUACAUAACGGCAUACAAGUCUUAUCUUCAGCAGUUUUCAAGGAAGUCACUUCAUUCUUUCAAAUCAGUCCCCUGAUCCUCUUUGUUCAGGACCGUUUCCCUGAGCUGGACCUGUUGAAAUCUCUUUCAAACCAGACUGGUCUCUAAAUGCAUAGAUACACUGUUUAAAAUACUGAAGAAAAGUAUCUUGUCUAGCUGUAAUUCACUAAUUUUGUUGCUGGGGUUGUCCAAUUCAUUAAUUCCUUUCUUGCAAAAAAAACUUUUUUUCUGUUACCAGUGAAAACUCAUGACAGCCUACAUACCUAUUCCAUCAUGUUUUAUUUAGAGUAAAAAUUGAAGUUACCACAGAGAAAUAUCUUGCAGAGUACAAUUAACCACAGUAUCCCGCUGGAGUACCAUUCUAAGCAAAAUCAUUUCAUUUAAAACCUGGUGGUAUAGUAUGGGCUACAGCAAGACCCAUUCUGAAGGCAGCCUCUUUGAAUAUUCAAAGGUCUGUCCCAGCAGUAAUUAACCCAGCUUUUCUGAGGCAUGGUUUAAAUGAUGGUUACGUGCAUCAGCAUAAAAUUAGAUUCUUACAAAUGUUAUCUUCGAGAAACAAUUUUUAAGGAAGAUACAUUGCAAGACUUAGCUUCCCAUUAAUUAAAUGAUGAUUCCAGCAGAGGCUUAACAAAAACUCGAUGUAUUUCUGCUGUCAGUUCCUGUGUAAUUUGGCUGUGUGUGUGUGUGUGUGUGUGUGUGUGUGUUCCCGUGACUGUGCUUACUAAUGGACAGUGUUUGUGACUUGGGCACAAUGCUCCAGUACUAUUGCUGUUAAAUUGUAUGUGCUGUGUGCAAUAUUUUUACACUCUUGCUAUUCCGGUGUCUGGUUUACAAUCUUGUGCCCGUAGACUUUCAUUAAAGUGUCUUCUGGAUUGUUAAAGAGCAUGUGUGGGGAAAAAAGCUCCUUUACCAGGCCUUUUGCAGUGACCCAUUGACUCCGGGUGGCGCCAAUGUCAAACAUUCUGAAACACGGGUUGAAUCGGAAACAUUUUUCAAUUCCAAAACUUGUCACAUUGUUAGUUGCAAAUUUUGAGAUCCAUCUUGGGUAUUGCUUGAAGCUGGUGGGGAAAAAAAAGACUGAAUAUUGUAUGAUUUAAAAAAGUUGUGGAAAGACAAUAGAUUCCCUUUGGAUAGCAGUUGGAGCCAUUCCAGAGAUUACAUACGUUUGAGUUUGUGUACUGAGGCUCGGACAUGAGUCAGCAAUAAAAUGAGUUUGGUGGUCUGCAUCAAAAGGAGAGCCCAAAAUCUGGUCAGUGCUACUUUUCAUGAGCAUCAAAUGACUAUAUUUGCUGUCCUAAUUGCUUAUGCCUCAAAAGUAUAGAAAAUAGGUAUUAUUCCCCACAAACUU